GAAGAAAUGCUGAUUUGGAUUCAGCAGCGAACCAUGGACUCGAUUCCGUAUGAACACGUGUGGUUGCAGAAACUAAAAGAACUUAGUCCUGACUGUGCUACUGCCUGCAAAUUUGAGAAUCUCUUGGUUAUCCAGCCUCAAUCAAAACCUCACCCCAGAACGAUUGGGAAAUUGGUUGAUGGUGGCUUCAACGUUCGGCUUCACAGUUAUGAUUUUGUUCUUGAGUGUGGUCUUGAAGUGGAUCAUAUCAAUGCAACAGCCCAUUACGAAUAUGAUUGUCUCAAUACAGACCGUGCAAGCGCGAUUGUGAAUCAAUUUGCCAGUAUCCUAGCACUGAUACACACGAACCCAGAAGUGUCUAUCUCCGCCAUUUCAGGGAUUUCUCCAGGGGAUCUGACACAGUUGCAAAGAUGGAACAAGGCUACUCCUGGCGCAGUUGAUCUGUGUGUUCAUGGUAUCAUUCUGCGACAUACUUUGGCACAUCCUAAUUCUCUUGCAGUAUCUUCAUGGGAUGAAGAUAUGACAUACAUUGAGCUGGAUCGACUGUCUUCUAGAGUGGCUGCUUGUCUCCGAAAGCGUCACAUAGGACCAGAGUAUUCUGUCGCCCUCCAUUUCCAAAGAUCCUCAUCUGCUCACCACGCUGAAAAACCUGGUACUCGUUGUGUUGAGCAGUUCUCUGUUACUUCGACUUCUAAUCCUGCGCAUAUCGGAACCAGCAGUUCUGCGGCAACGUGGAUUGUUGACCCUGAAGAUCACGAUCGACUACUUCCCAUCGGAGCGAUGGGGGAGCUUCUCAUUGAAGGUCCUAUUGUGGGUCGGGGCUAUCUGAAUGAGCCAGAGAAGACAUCUGCUGCCUUUAUCGACAGUCUUCCUGACUGUGCUCUAUCCGAGUAUAGUCUCCAGAUGGAUGGAUCACUAGUCUAUAUUGGUCGCAAAGACAACCAGAUCAAACUGAGAGGACAGCGAUUGGAGCUGGGAGAAGUCGAGUAUCAGAUCUUACAAUAUGCGGUUGAUGUCAAAGAUGCCAUUGUGGAGCUUGUGAUUCCAGAUAGACAGCCGAUAUUAAUUGCCUUUCUCUGGCUUGGAGAUGAAGCUGGAGAUGAUGAGAUCUUGGGAGACUUCAACAGUACAUUCCAAUCCGUUGUUCAGAUGAUUGAAGCUGUCCUCCCUGAUCACCUUCCAUCAUACAUGAUUCCAUCUCGCUUCCUGCCACUGCGUCGAGUCCCACAAACAUACACCGGCAAAGCGGAUCGAAAGCGACUGCGAGAGAUGGCAGCGAGUCUAUCACCAGAGCAGAUGCAGUCAUUUCAGACAGCGACACGAAAACAGCGACUGGUAGCUACGACAGAGUCGGAGAGACUGUUGCAGGAGCUAGUUGCGAAUGUUCUGGAUAUACAUCAGAGUGAGAUUAGUCUGGAAAGUAACUUCUUUCAGUUGGGAGGUGAUUCAUUGACAGCGAUGAGGCUGGUGUCUUGUCUGCGGAAGAUGUGCAAUGUCAGAGUUACGGAUAUAUACAAACAGCCGGUGUUGUCUCGACUGGCAGAGAGAAUGGAUAUAAAGAUUGCCUAGAAGUAUGCGAAAUAUAUAGUUGAAUUGAG